GGUGGCUGAUACCAACUUGAACAUACAAAAUGAGAAUUCAAAGCUGAAAAAAAUAAUUGUUUAUGAGCAAUAUUUGAAAAAUAAACAGUAAGACAUACUUUAAUCCUAAUCUCAUUUGAAUUGAACCAAAGGAGAUGGACUUAUCACAUUAGGCCUAAUUUAUUAGCACCACGGGUGCGAAUUGGGUGCCUGGUGCUAUUUUCACCACUGGGUGGUGCGAGCAAUGUUAAGCUCACUAUUAACACCAUAGUGCAAGCAACACCUCUGACACUAUUUACACCACUACAUUUCCUGGCCCAGAUCUCGACGCCAGUUUUUAUGCGAAACUUGUGCGGAUUUAGUGCCAACGUAAAAAAUAGGCAUGAGCACGACAAUGCGCCUAAACUCUCUGAGAAAUAAAGCGAAUCUCAUAAAAUAGCUUUCUUGCGGAUGGGGAUGGCGCUUGCGAGUUGCGGCCGCUUGGAGCGCUAGUGAGCGGUGAGAUCAACUCUCGCUUCGCGCGCGAGCUCCCCCCGUUGAAAUACACGGGGAACAGUGGCAUGAAAAAAGUGUCCGUUUGAACAGCAAAAUGAUGGAAAUUUGGUCGUUCUUGUAUUUUAAUGGGGAGAAUAGACAUGCAUGUACUUUCUGAAGAGGAGAAACGGUGGAAAUGAGGCGUCAACAUUAAGCAAGAGCCGUUUCAUUCGGGCCAAAAUACCGUAGAUUGAAUGGCGCGCCCCAGUGUUUCAUCUCACCCCUCACUAGCGCACUCUACCCCGAGGGGCUGCAACUCGCAACCCUGCUCGUUACUUCGUCAAACUCAAAUCAAAUGCGCGGGAACCGGCAUGUAUGGUGAGCUUAAGCCUAAGCCAGCACGCCCCCCCCUCGAUUCCUAGGCCUAGUAAGAAAUAUAAGAAGUUCUCUCAAUUUACAUAUUGCUGUGUCAACGCUCAUUAUGGAGGUAUGUACAAGCACGUCUCUAUCUGAAUUAUGAUAAUUUAUUAUAAAUGUUAUUCGUCAGUGUUCAUUGCAAGUGCAGUCAACCUAUGGCUGGUAUCAUAACCUCUGUUCACUCUGUCGCCCGUCACUUCACAUCAAUUUUGUUUUAUUUAUUACAAUGUCGUUGACAGCUUGAGCUUGUCUUUUAACCAUCUUCUUCGUUUUUCAAGGAAAAUGAGAUUAAUAUCUAUGUAGGGCAGACGUUCGGCUCCUCUGAAGAACUUGAGAAACAUGUUGGUGCCUACAACAAGGUUCAUUCUGUCAUAUUUAGUAAAAAAAGAAGUGAGUAUGGCAAAGACCCUGUUUUGAAAUACAGAUUUGUCUUGUUCGUGUGCAAGCAUUUUGGGGAUCCAAGAGAAAAUCCCAACCUCACUGGGCAGCGUCCUAAACAGAAGUAAGAAUUCAUUUACAUGCUUUGCAGUUUUUAAGAGGAGGACAAGUAAUGUGUGGAAUUUUGUUCUUUGCAGAGUCUACAAAAUUGGUUGUGAGGCAGAACUUUACGUGUCCAGAGAUUCUAAACUUAAUAAACUUGUUGUGCAGAGAUUUUUGCCAGAGCACAACCAUGUUUGUAAUGAGGUUACGUACGAAGGGUACCCUGAAGUUAGGAGAUUGUCGGAAGAGUCCAAAGCCAGUAUAUUAGAAUACAUUAAGCUUAGAGCGAAGCCAACACUAAUCAAACCUCUUUUAAGAGAUAAAGAGGGACAGAAUAAGAUUAUUCUUGGCAGGGACAUCUCCAAUGUUCGGUUGGUUGACUGACUACUUAUUCUAGUCUACAUAUGUUAUGAAUGCAAAAUUUUAUUUACUUUUUUUAUUGCAGAACCAAAGCAAAACUUGACUUGAGACGGGGAAGAUCCGAUGAACAAAUGCUCUUAGACAAGUUGGCUGAAGUACAAUCGAAGGAUCCUGGAGCAUAUACUCACAUUGAGUUUGACAAGGAAAGUGGAGCAGUUGUGUUCAUACUCAUUCAAACAAGUGAAAUGAGAGAUAUGUUAGAGAAAUUUCCAGAAGUAAUACUCAUGGAUAUUACUUAUAAAAUAAACAAAAAUCAAAUGCCGGUCAGUGUCAUUGAAGUGAUGGACGGGGAAGGAGUGGGCCAGGUCGUCGCUUACAUAUUUCUAGCAAAUGAACUGAAGGAAACACUAACUGCGGGACUGAUGUGCUUUGCUAAAGCUAGUGGCAAAGAAACUCUUCUGAACACACAGUGUGUGGUGGUAGACAAAGACUUUUCGGAAAUUGGUGCAGUUAAAAUUGUAAUGCCAGAUGCUAAAAUCCACUUAUGCAGUGUUCAUGUGGAGAGGAACUUAAAGUUAGCUGCAAAAGGCGACAACACCAAAAAGAAGGCAUUGGAUUCUUUCCGAGGUAUGGUUUACGCUGAAACUGACACUGAAUUUUCAAAGCACUGCACAGAGUUCCAAGCAGCAGCUUCAGAGAAACUAUACUCAUACUUUGAGAAAAAUUGGCUUAAUUGUAAGGAGGCGUGGUCUUUAAAGGAUCGUGCUCUUGUAAUGACUUUGCGAAACCACACAACAAAUCGUGUGGAGAGCCACAACCAAAAACUGAAAAUGGUGAGUUUUUGUGCACAACAUUUGAUGGUAGCAGUACUGUCUGUCAAAAAUCGUUUUAUGCACGUCUAUAUUACUGUUUGUAAUUUGUUUUCAAUUCUAGAUCUUCAAUGUAAACACUGAACUAUAUGAGGCUGUUGAUGGUAUAGUCAAUAUUCUCAUGCGCAACAGGAAGGAUGAGCUUCGGUACAGGGAUCAUGAAACACUUGUUAAGAAGGUUAAAAUAAACAAGUGCAGCAACCCUAUUGUGCAAGUAAUUUGUAAUGAGUUGAGUGAUUUUGCUGCAAAAAUUGUGUGUGAGCAGCUUGUUGAUGCUUCUAAACCCUCUCCAUACCCGGACAUGCAUCAAGUGUCUGAAAAGUCUUGCACUUGCAUUCAGUUCAAGACUCUGAAGCUCAUCUGCCGCCACAUAAUGAGAUUCAGAAAGCAGAAAGGUGAGUAAGGUUGCUCUGUUUUAUGUUCUGCAAACUUUCAGAAAAGUGUUAGGAUUAUUUGUUUUGAUCUCAGUUUUAGUGUGUUUAUAUGUGUUCUAUUCUAUUUUUCUCUCUAGGCUCUCCAGUAUAUGACAAGGCCAUUGUACCCAGUAGAUGGUGGAGGAAAGUGGGGGAGAGGAAGAGUACAUCUACGGUGGCCAACAAUACUACAAUAUUAAAACCAAGGAUGCCUCCUCGUGUAGCCCGUGUGAUGGACUCCAGGGAUAAGUUUAACCAAGCUGCUACUCUCACCCAGAAAAUCAACCGUCUUUUGGCAGACAGCGGUACUAAGAGCUUCCACGCAAGGUAUCAGUUGCUCAGUGACGUACUUGAGGCUUGGGAAAAGGGUUCUGAUGUUACUCUUCUGCACAAGUCCCACAUCUUUCAUGAAGACGUUACUGACGCAAAUGAAAGGACAGUAGAAACACAUUCCCCUACACUGUUAUUUAAAGGCGUCCCGUCAGAGUGCGAC